AUGGAGAGCCUCGAGGAUGUAUCUACGACGCUGAGCGGGGGAUUGGCAGGGACGCCAGGGAAGAUGAAGAAGGGGAAGAAAAUGGGAAAGCUGAAGAAGCUGCUCAAGAAAGAAGGACUUUCGAAAAAAAAGGCGGCGAUAAAAAUGGCAAAGCUAAUUGAAAAGGGGAAAAUUCCCUCCCUGAAGGGGACAAUGAAAAAGAAAAUGAAGAAGAAAAUGGGGAAGGUGAAGAGGGCGAUCGGAAAUGGGGGUUGUGACGAUGACGAAGAAGACGAUUGCGAUGAUGACAGGAGGAGGAGGGGAAAGGAAAAGCGCAAAGGGAAGAAGGCCUCCAAAGGGAAACAAAGCAAGAGAAAAAGGGAGCAGACCGAGGAUGAGGACGACCCCACGGAUGACGAAUCGGAGGAGGAAGACGGGGCAGAUUUAUUCGAAAGGGAAGACGUUAUUUUAGAGGAAAAAAAUGUGACCGCAAAGGGGAUGACCAAGCAGAGCGACCCUUCGGAAAACUUCAUACAAUUUUUGAAAAAAUAUAAUGACCAGGGGGAGGAAAUCCCGAAGAGGAGAAAAUCUCUCGAUAAGGACAACGAUGAAGAGGAGGAAUAUGGGUUCCCCCCGGAAGAGGCGGAGGCAGAGUCGUAUCAGUACCUGUCCCAAAGGGAUGACGUGUAUAAAAUUGAAAAGCCAGUCGAACAAGUAAACCUUUCCGACUUCAUCUACACGGGUGAUGUUGUGUCGAGAGAACAAGUAAGUGAAGAUAUAGACAUGCUGACGAGGGGACAACUUGCGAAAGGGAAGACAUCCACUCACAUGUCCAUCCUGGAGGAACAGAAAAUGAACGAACACUUGGCGUAUGUAAAUAAUGUGGAACAGAUAAAUAAAUUGAACAAAUCGUUUUAUGUAAUAAGUAACGCACAGGGGGUGCACUUUGGGCAGGGGGGGAAGAAUGGACUGGUCGAGGUGAACUCGGAGGAGUUCCUAAAUAAGAACUUACUCCGACGGCGGGCCAACGUGGAAAACAAACGGAACGAAGAGCACAUGGAGGAAACGGACCCAGUGGGUGACGUGCCCCCCUCCACCGCUAACCGGGAAGAUUCGAUGACUGCCCUCGAAUUCGAAGCGGAAAUGCAGAAAAAUCUUCGGAAGUCAAAAAUGCUCAUCGUGUCGGAUGACGUGUUAAAAACGGAGAGGGAGAAAAAAAGAGACGAGAUGAAAAAAAUCGCGCAGCUGAAAGCAUUGUUACAAAAGGAGGAAAAAAAAAACAAAUAUAAGAAGAGGAUUAAGUCCAAGUCGUACCGUAGGCAUCUACGGAUGAAGGAGAAGAAGGAGGAGGAAAAGAUCAUCGCCAAGAUACACUCGGAGCACCCUGAUUUGGCAGAAAAUCUAGCCAACUAUGAGAAGGAGUACGCUCAGAAGAGGAACUUAAUAAACAACGUGAAGAAGAGGAAAACCGUUCGUCUACUUAAUCGGUAUAAAAAUGAGGAGCUGAAGAAGCAGAUGUUGAAGAGCUUCCAGGCUGAGAAGGAAGAGAAGAACGUGCUCAGGCGGAUCAUUGAGAGGGCCGUUGUGGAGGAAGAAGACGGGGGGGAAACCACCAAUGAUGAGGGGGAAAGCAAUCAUCACGAUAAUGCAAGCGACCCCCUUCAGGGGGAUGAUAAUUCAGGUGACGAAGUGGUCAGUACCUCCCUGAGCAAAAAGAACAAAGUCAGGAAGGAACUACAGAAGAGAAACCUCGAACGGUUUUCCUUUGUGCGAAACGCAGAGGAGAGGAAACGGGACGAGGAAUUGUACCAACAGAGGAAGAGGCUUCUCGAUAAGGUGGAACGGAAGAAGGAUGAGAAGGAUCCCAUGGAGAGCUGCUCCUCCGAUGAGGGAAGUGACGCUGAAAGGGCCCGCCUCGAUUUGGGCCUGUCGAACGAGGUUCGUAAAUCUACCGCGAAGGAGGCGUCCAAGGCGAGGGCCCAGCUGGCCAGAGACGCCGACUUGGUGAACGCGCUAAGGAAGGGCGGCAUUUUGGGCGAAGGGGAUAAUCCAUCCGGUGUAACUCAGUUAGAUAAUCCAUCUGGUGAAUCUGCAGUGGAGGAAACCCUAAACCAGGAAACCCCAGAGGAAGACAACCCACAGGAGGAGAAACCACCCAAUGUGGGGGACCUCCGUGACAUCAACGCGAUAGAUGCGAUUGACGCGAUUGACGACGGUUCGGUGUUGCAAAACUUUGGGGAGAAUCUCACGGUGUACAAUUUAGAAAACGAAGUUUACGAGGAUUAUGUGAAUAUCAAUCCAGACAUAGCGGAUGGGAAUAUCCCGAGGGAGGACGAUGAGUUGCUACAGUUGAGUGACGAUGAAAGGGUCACCACAGAGAGGGUUAGCGAAAGAGAAUGGUGCAACUACGAAACGUUACUCGAAUUGGAGAAAAACAAACUUAUGAAAGAGAAGGAGAUUAUUGAGCAGAAGAAAAGAAUUCCCAUUCACACCAUUAGCGUUUUCAACAAGAAGGACAGAAAAUUUGAAAAAUAUUUUGUAGACAAGGUUCCCUAUCCUUAUGAGAGGAAGGAUUAUGAGAAGACGUUAAACAUAAACUUAAACAAAGAGGUGAAUGACAUUUCGGCACAUGCCAAGUUGGUUGCUCCUCGGUUGUCCAACCGGGUUGGCAACAUCGUCUCACCGCUGGUGAGGAACCCCUUCGAGAUUGCACGCAUCUUGACGCUCAAGCGGGGCAAAAACAGGAGCAAGUUGUAA